AUGGACCAAGCCUGUGAAGAUUUGGAAGAUGGUGCAGCUCACAGUCUCACAGAUGAUGACAGUAUGGACCAAGCAGCUGAGAAUCUCGAUGGUGCCGCGAAGAUGGACCAAGCCCGUGAAAAGUUGGAGGAGGGUGCAGCUGACAGUCUCACAGAUGAUCACAGGAUGGACCAAGCCCAUGAAGAUGUGGAGGAGGGAGCAGCUGAGAGCCUUGUCGGUGCUGCCAAAAUGGACCAAGCCUGUGAAGAUUUGGAAGAUGGUGCAGCUCACAGUCUCACAGAUGAUGACAGUAUGGACCAAGCAGCUGAGAAUCUCGAUGGUGCCGCGAAGAUGGACCAAGCCCGUGAAAAGUUGGAGGAGAGUGCAGCUGACAGUCUCACAGAUGAUCACAGGAUGGACCAAGCCCAUGAAGAUGUGGAGGAGGGAGCAGCUGAGAGUCUCGUUGGUGCUGUGAAGAUGGACCAAGCCCAUGAAGAUUUGGAAGACGAUGCAGGUCACAGUCUCACAGAUGAUGACAGGAUGGACCAAGCAGCUGAGAAUCUCGAUGGUGCCGCAAAGAUGGACUAA